AUGGCAAACCGCGGACGAGGCGCCGGCGCAAGCUACCCACCGAGCAACAAUGCGCCACCACGGCAAAACGAGUAUUUUGUUCCCCGCGACGGCAUUGACCGUGAAGUCAUCACGGCCGACAUCUGUCGCUACUUGGGGAACGAUGCCCUGGUCCGCCCAGGCACACACACAAAUGAUAGUGGCCGUGUCAUCCAGGGCUACUUCAUCACCGCAUAUCGUAACUUGACAUCCGCUAUGAUCGCCGAUCUCAAGACCGACUCUGCGCGCUGGGACGCAGAGAGGCGGAAGAGUCAGUCUGGCGCAGGUACACUAGCUUACUCUCAUCGAGACCGGCUCCACGAUCGCGUACAUGACCCUAACUCCCCUUCAGUCAAAUACCAGGACUCACAGAUUAGAGACGGCCCGCAGCGCGGCGGCAACGUCAAUAUUCCUGUCGGAGGUGGUAACGGCGGAGGCGCCCCGUACGGCGGUUUGCAGUCUUCCUAUGGCGGCAACUCGGCCGGCAACUACGACAACGGCCCUCGCUACCCAGGCAGCGAGGCACCAGGAUACAGCGCCUCUGGACCAGGAGGACCAGGCCCGGGCUCCUAUGGCCCACCUGGAGGACACGGCGGUUAUAACAACGCUCCAUACGCGCAGGGCGGACUGCCACCCCAGGCACAGUACUCUUCGCAGCAACAAUCACCCCAGGAUCCGAGAUACGGUGGCCCACCUCCUCAGGUUGGCGGCCUUGGCGGUAUUGGCGGCACCUACGGCGGACCUAUCGGUGGCGCCGGCCACCCGCAACCACACGGCCAGGACGGCUACGCAAGUGGCGCACACUACGCCGUAGUGUCCAACCGGGAUGCCUACUCUAUGGACAUGCACAUGACGGAUGCCCCCUUGGCCCCCGCACGACGCAACUCCCCGCCCAGUGGCCCUGGCGGGUUCGGAAACCAAGGCAACAGCAGCCGCGGCUCGUACGGCAGCGGCGCACCCGGCACUGCUGGUGGCUACGGCGGAUACUCGGCACCGCCGCCACCAGCAAGUCACGCCGCUGCGUAUGCCCAGCCUAUCGACGGUGGCUACGGACGAGCCCUGCUCAUGAUGUGUCACCGCAGCCGCCCCACGCCCAACAGUAUGAAGAACCCGCCCUCUCUACCCUCCCUCCCCGGCCUCCCCAUCCCCCUUCCCCUGCUCGCUCUGGAUCCGUUGCAUCGAACAGUCAGGCUCAAUUUCCAAUCACCAAUAGUGGACAACAACAAGCUGUUCCUCGCCAUAGCCGGGAACAACGCGCCGCGAGCGAGCGCUCAGAUCACCGCGAUCGCCCCGAACGGCCCAGCGAACGUGAACGCGAGCGUGAGCGCGACGCCACACCUCCCAACCGGAAUGGUCCCCCACCAAAGUCUGGCAGUGCCGCCCCUCACCACCUAUAUGGCCGGAGAUGACCGUACGGCCCUGGUUCCUCUCGCCCUCAACUCGAACUUCAUCCGCAACGAAACAUAA